AUGCCCAUUGCAGAGAAAACCAUCCGGAGCCUCAAGUUGGUGAACAAAAACUUGGAGGAGGUCGACCUCUUGCUUCUUCGCUGGCCUGCGGAGGGGGAUGUUUGGAUGCUAGCUUUGCCUUGUCGGGUCAGUCGGGGUGGCUUGAUUCUAGCAGUACCGGGGAACGGAAUUCCCGACGAGGAUUUGAGCCAAGGCCAAGAGGCUUCUCCCGAAGACAUUUUGGGACCCAGCCUUCAUGUCACCAUUUCUCUCCAAGCAGAAGAGAGCCUAGGGGAUGCAGUGGAGGUGCUGUUGUUGGAGUUCACAAUGGGCAUCCGACAACAGCUGGAAAGGAAAGCUCCUCGGACUCGAAGGCCGUACCUGCGUUUUGCAGAGGCCCAGCAGCUCCCGGACAUGGCGGAGUUGGACGAUGCAGUAGACGAAUGGGUCACAAGUGGAUCCCUCCGAGAUGCGGACUGGCAAACAGCUUUGGAAGAGGAGGAGAAUCCGGCACCCCAAGCCGACCUGAAGGCUGUGGUGGCUGUCCUAGCAAAGCUGGAGAAGCGCGUGGAGGAGCUUCAAAAGCACCCAAAUCUGCAGACUGUGAAGACACCAGCUCCUCAAAGGAAAGCGACCGCCAAGACACAAGCCGCGCCUCCGCAAAUCGACGGUCCCAACGACAAGGACAUGGCCGAAAUUCUGCGAGCCAUGCGAGAAGAGGUGGGCUCUCGGCCAGAGAGAAUUGCAGACGAGCCAGCCUCUCGGAUUACGGCUCAAGAUUGCAUCAACCUGGUCGUUCCAGACAUGGCCCAGUCUUCUUCGGGCCCGUCAGUCGACGACAUGAUGAAAAUCAGCAUGCUGAAGCUCAUGAAGGAAAUGCAAGCAAAAGGCAGCAGGAAGAACAAGAAACUUCCGGGCCUGGUGGGCACGAACGGCAGCUCUUCCGAGGAGGAGGGAGAAACCUGGUCUUCUACCAGUCGCGGAGGAAAAGCCAUCGAGGCAGUGGAAAAGCUCCGGUAUGCCAUGAAGCAAAACCCGGGCGCCUACUUGGAAAGGAUGGAAGCUCGCAUGCAGCGGGCGGUGGGGGCCGAAGAAAUGGGCCCGUUGAUCCCCGAGAAGUUCAUUCGUUCAGUGCCUGUAGGCCGCUCGCGGACAGCAGGGUAUGCACUGAGCGGCUUUGCUACCAUUCACAAAUUGAUGCUGGAAGGGAAGCAGAGACAUGCCCGUCUUCACUGUGUCAGAAUGAUAUCUGCAAUGGAACAAUUCCUGCUGGACGAGUCUUGGGGGGUGGCAAGUCGCCUGACAGGCGUAGAGGAGCCUCCAUGGUCCCAUUGGGCCAGUCAGGACCUCGCUUCCAUCCGAAAACAAUACAUCUACACGCGGUUGAUGGACGCGACAUGGAUUGGAGCCAUCAUCAACGAGCUGAAGGAGGAAGAGUGGAGCUCUUUCCGUGCCCGCCUCCUUUCCCUUGGAGUUGUGAUAAAGGUCCUCUUCAAGGACGUUCUCGCCGAAGAGCUGCUAGGUCGAUGGUCCGCCUGGGCACUUCUGAGUCUGGAUGCGGCCUCCGGCUACCAGCAGUUGGGAGCUGCUUUUGCAGCUACCAAAGCGCUUCCGGUGGUCGCAGAUCGUUUGAGUUUGCCUGACAAAGUUGAGAAUUUUGACCCAAGGGCUCUUCCUGAUUCUUUUCUUUAUUGUGUUGAUGCCUCUCCGUCUGGUGCGGGGGUGUGUCGGGCUGAAGUCGGGGUUGAAGUGUCUGGGGAGUUGUGGCGUCGUGGUGACAAGGUGGGUUAUCGAAUGCCUUUGCUGUCCAGGCUGCAGUCGAGUUUGAAGGGCAGUGGCUGGGAUGAGGAGGCGGUUUUGAGUGAGGAGGAGUCUACGGGUGAUGAAGGCAGGGGGUCUGCUAGUGUGGGGCAAAUGCAUGGGAGUUUGGAAGUUGUUUUUGAACAUCGCGUGAUGUUGGCUGAUCCGUCUUUGGCGUUGUUUGAGUUUCCUUUUGACUUGUUGGAAGUUUAUGCUGGAGGUGCGCAAAUGUCUCAUGCGUGGAAGGCUAAAGGUUUCAAGGUCUUGCCGCCGCUCGAGGUGAAACAAGGUUGGGACCUCCUUGACCCUGAGUUGUUUUUUGGCCUCUUGUCUUUUGUCAGGGCUGGAAAGGUCCGGUUUCUGUGGUGGGCCCCUCCUGGUGCUACGUUUUCCUCGUCGCAGGCUGCGAGGGUGAGGUCUGCGGAGGCGCCUUGGGGUUUGGAUGUGCUUGCGGAUUGUGUGGUGAAAGGUAAUCUGCACGCUUGUCAGUGCGCCCUGUUGGCGUUGGUUCAGGUUACGCUUGGGCUCUUCAUGGCAGGUGAGGUGGCUGCUACCAGUCUUAUCAGGGCUUUGGGGGCAUGGCGCGUGUUGUCUCGUCGGGAAAAUGUUUUCGAAGUCUUGUUUGAUUGGUGUCGUUUUGGUCGCAAAAAUUUGCAUGUGGCCAGCAUUCACUUCCCAACUUGGUCUUUGAGAGCUGAUGGCCCAAGCAGGGGCCGCAAGGUGCUGGGCGCUCGCACCCCUUUGCCUAAGUGGUUUUGGGCACUGCGCCAGGGCAGCCGUCAGGCUGCCAGCAAGUUGGAUGGCCUGCAGGGGCUCUCUAGGGCCCUUAAUCGUUGGAUCACCGAGCGGACUCGAAGCAUUCGACAAGGGCUGCUCAACAAACUGGAAACGUGGUUGGCCGAACAGCUUCCGGACACUUCUCUGGAGCUCUUGGCACGGCACCACAUAGAUGUUUUGUCAGAGUGGCUCGAAGAAUAUAUGGUCACCUUGUAUCUGGAGGGGGCAAGCCGUCGCUCCGCGGCGGAGAGUCUCAAUGCGGUGGUCCAACAAUUUGGCUGGCUUCGAUCCUCUCUUGCUGCGCCGUGGAAUGUGCUGAAGACGUGGGAUAUGUUGGAGCCAGUGACACACCACCCACCAAUGCCUUUGCAAGUCGUUCUUGCGCUUGCAAGUACUGCUCUGGCCUGGAAUUGGCCGCAUUUUGCGGCCCUGCUGGUCAUAGGCUAUUUUGGCUUACUGAGACCCUCAGAGCUUGUUGGCUUGCGACGACGAGACCUGUCACUUCCACAGGACCACUGGGAACCGCAAGUCUUGUACGUUCGAAUAGGCCAGCCGAAGACGCGCUUUCGUGCUGCAAUGGCGCAGCACGUGCGCAUCGACGAAACAGGCGUUGCUGCUUGGGUACAGCUGAUCCUGGGCUCAAUGCCGAUGUGGAGAAAACUUUGGUGUGGUUCUGUCAGCUCCUUCAAGACUCGCCUUGAGUUGGUGCAGCAGGCUGCCAGACACACCCGCAGCAAUGCACCCGAGCCCGCCCGCCCGUGA